AGCAAAGAGCCUGCCAGAAGAUCUCAAGGUCAGGCGUUCUGGCUUCCAAAUCCGUUUUCGCGUGUACCCUACCUGGAAAGUGGAAAUCGAAUCAGGGAGGAUAGUCAAUCAUGGGAGACGAAGGAUCCCUAGAACACCAACGAUCGGUAGCAGCUCCGCUGAUAUUUUUGAUUGUUAUUGGUUUUCAGCUCGCAUCUAGGUGGCUUGAUCAGUUGAAGAAGAAGGGAUCCAAGAAUGGGAAAGAGGCUCAGUUGCGUAGAGAAAUAAAGGAGCUCUAUAAGGAGGCAAGCUCCUUGUCACAGCCAUCAACAUUUGCGCAAGCUGCAAAGCUUAAAAGAUUAGCAGCUACCAAGGAGAAGGAACUUGCAAACUAUCAAGAUAUGCAGAGCAAGGAGAACGAUUCAUACUCGAGAGUUCUGCUCAUUUCGAAGGUUUUAAUAUAUUUAGUGCUGCUUAUCUGGUAUUGGAGGGUUCCUGUGGCUACCGUAUCACAGCAGCUUGUGCAACCUUUCGGGAAAUUAUUAUCCUGGAAAACGGGAGGGGUUCAGAACAACAAAAUCAUGGUUGGGAUAAUACCUUGGUUAAUAGUAUCUACCAGGGUUAGCAAAUUCAUUUGCCGUCUCAUCGAUGCCAACUAGGUUGUCAUGAUCUUCAUCUUAGUGUCGGAAGACCGCAAGCUGCUUGGGGAUGUUUGCCCUAGAUUUAAGGUGGCAAGAAUACAAUGCACAUGUACUAUAGGGAUAUUGAUAUUACUUGUAAAAAUUUAGAUAUUCAUUAAUUCAAUUCAAUUUCACUGCAGCAGCUCUAAAAUUUCCUGCUAAUUUCACGACUUGAUCACUUAUAAUUUUCUUUUUGUACUACACGCUUAUCACUGUGACUGAAUCAAAUGGAUUAUUGAAUUAGUGAAUACAUUUGUUCAUAGUGUUUUUUAUUUGAUUGUAAUUGAACUGGUAGUUAUUGAA